AUGGCUCACUCUCACUCACACGACGCCGGUCUCGGCCAUUCUCACGAUGAUCCGUUCAAUGGCCACGGCCACUCACACGAGAUCCUGGACGGUCCCGGUUCAUAUGUCAACCGAGAGAUGCCUCUCAUCGAGGGUCGGGACUGGAAAGACCGCGCCUUUACCGUCGGCAUUGGAGGUCCUGUGGGAUCUGGCAAGACGGCUUUAAUGCUGGCUCUAUGCCACGCUCUGCGCGAUGAGUACAAUAUUGCCGCCGUGACGAAUGACAUCUUUACUCGAGAGGAUGCCGAGUUCCUGACACGCCACAAGGCGCUCGCGCCUUCACGUAUUCGAGCUAUCGAGACCGGCGGCUGUCCUCAUGCUGCUGUCCGUGAAGACAUCAGCGCCAAUCUACUAGCCCUCCAGAAACUCCAGCGCCAGUUCAAGACCGACCUUCUUCUUAUUGAAUCCGGUGGUGACAAUCUCGCAGCCAACUAUUCCCGCGAAUUGGCUGACUUCAUCAUCUACGUGAUUGACGUCGCCGGUGGUGAUAAAGUGCCGCGGAAGGGUGGGCCAGGUAUCACGGGCUCCGAUCUGUUGGUGGUCAACAAGAUUGAUCUGGCCGAGGCCGUCGGGGCAGACUUGAAGGUGAUGGAACGGGAUGCAGCCAAAAUGCGAGAGGGUGGGCCGACUGUGUUCGCGGUGGUCAAGCACGGUAAGGGAAUGGAACACAUUGUCAACUUGAUUCUGAGCGCAUGGAAGGGCAGUGGUGCGUAUGAGGAGAGUCUCAAGAGGUGGAAAGAGGGCGCUCCUAGGAACUCGGGCAGCCUGGAGGAGUAA